UGCGGAGUGAACACCUGCGCUCGCGCUCCGGACUCGCUUCUAAUUCGGCGCAACUCUUCAGUUUUUUUUUUUCUUCGACAGCAGCCCAGUGGAAGAAACUUGGAGUUUGUGUGUCUGUGCUGCUCGGACCGACCAGAUUCGUGAUGCUAAACAUGAACCGACUGACGAAGUUGUGCUUUUGGGCGCUGAUGCUGAUGAUUUUGUUUCCCAAGGAAGCCGAAGUAGCAGGUUCUGAUGGUCCCCCUCCGUCAAAUUCAGCCCUGGCGGAGACGUCCACAAGUGUGAGCUCAUCGAGGCCUACGACACAUCCUUCCACAUUCACAACCGCCACUAGUCUUUCUAUUGCAAAAACAAGUCCAUCGCCCUCCAUGGAGACCACAAGCCCUAAGACACCAGCAGAGGACCAUACAACUGCAAGUGUGAGCCCAUCAACGUCCACCAUGGUGACCACCAGCACUAAGAAACCAGCAGAGGACCAUACAACUGCAAGUGUGAGCUCAUCAAUGUCCACCAUGGAGACCACCAGCACUAAGAAACCAGCAGAGGACCAUACAACUGCAAGUGUGAGCCCAUCAAUGUCCACCAUGGAGACCACCAGCACUAAGGCACCAGCAGAGGACCAUACAACUGCAAGUGUGAGCCCAUCAACGUCCAUCAUGGAGACCACCAGCACUAAGAAACCAGCAGAGGACCAUACAACUGCAAGUGUGAGCCCAUCAACGUCCAUCAUGGAGACCACCAGCUCUAAGACACCAGCAGAGGACCAUACAACUGCAAGUGUGAGCCCAUCAACGUCCAUCAUGGAGACCACCAGCUCUAAGACACCAGCAGAGGACCAUACAACUGCAAGUGUGAGCCCAUCAAUGUCCACCAUGGAGACCACCAGCACUAAGAAACCAGCAGAGGACCAGACAACUGCAAGUGUGAACCCAUCAACGUCCACCUUGGAGACCACCAGCACUAAGAAACCAGCAGAGGACAGUUCUAGUACAAGUCCACCAACAUCUAAUGUUACAAACGCACCAGCAGUGACUACAGUUGCGAGACCAACGACUUCAACACCGGGAAAUACAAAGACCACUUUAACGACAUCCACGAGCUCCUUUGCCAACAAGUGCACCCCUGGCGCGUGUCCUACCGGCAGCAACUGCGUCGAGCUCUUCAAUAACUUCACCUGCCAGUGUCCCCAAGGCUUUUACUACAACUCCGCCUCAGGCUGCUUUCAAGUGAAGACCUUUCCUGGCACUCUGCACAUCAACAGCAGUUUCACCUCAGACAUGGCCAUCAGCACCAGUCAGAGUUUUCUGGAAACUUCAAGUAAAAUUGUGUCCGAGUUGAAGAAGAUCCUUCAAGGGACAAAUGGCUACAUAAGUUCCAGCGUCCUCCAACUCCAACCAGGGAGCAUCUUGGCGACAGUCGACAACGUCUACCAAGUCACCUCCAACAUAAAUAGCACCUUCAUCACAGGCAAAAUCUCCAAUUUAAUCGAAACCUGCACGUCGUGUGGCAUCCUGGACAGGGCGACCUUCUCGGCAAAACCUGCAUGUGCCGUGUCAAAUGGUGGCUGUGACUCCUCGUCAACUGUGUGUUCUGCAAAGGAUGGUACCAUCACCUGCACCUGCAAAGAGGGCUUUGUGGCAACCGUGUACAGCACCAGGCAGUGUGUGGCUUGUGAAAGUGGGAUGAAGGUGGAGAACGGCAGCUGCGUCCCGUGCCCCUUUGGCUACAGAGGCUUCAACUGCAAUGAAUCUUAUCUUCUGGCAGUGGUGGUCAUUUCUUGUGUACUCGGUGGUGUGCUGCUCCUCAUCCUGCUGGCGCUGAUCAUUUUCUGCUGUCAUAGGGCGAGGAGCAGCUCUUGGUACAGCAGCCCGUACUCCACAAACGAAUACACGACGUGGCCCAAGCAGGAAGUGCCCAGGAUUCCCCGCGUGACGACUCAGUGGGACCCCAACCACAUGGAGAUGGUGGAAAAUGGCAGCACUCGCAAUCUGGUGAACAAAGACAAGGAGAACGGAGAGGCCAACAAGACCUACGACGUCAGUCUGGACGACCUGAAGACCUUCAAGAACAAGAACCCGUCGCGCUACUCGUACCUGUGCCAGGGCCAGGAGAACCCCUACUUCGUCUCUGAUGAGGAGAAGCAAAAGUCCAAGUGAAGAAGACCCCCCCCCUCACCCACCCCCAGGGUGCUAAUAUUUUUGAUGCUUUUUAAAGAAAAUAAGGAUUUUGUAAAUGAUUGGUGGGGGGAAAAAAAAUGAAAAAUGCGCACUGGGAUCGAUUUGCCAAAAUCUCAAGUAAUUCGCUAAAGACGGGAGACGAAUUCUCAACGUCGACUGGACAAUCCAAGAUGAGGGGGCAAGAGUUCUUUGUUAAAAUAUGCAUAUUUAUAUAUAUAUAUAUAUUUUUUUUUUUUCUCUUUUAUAAAUGUUAAAACUGUGAUCUUGCGUGAUCUUAAAAGGUUCCUCCUAUGAUUGUUUUUUUUUAAGAGACUCUUCAUCUCAUUUAAAAUAUUUUUUUUUAAAUUAACAAUUUGACUCCUUUUGAGGGCUGAUGCUUUGGACGGAAUGUGCACUGAAUUUAUAAG